AUGUUCUUGUUCCUCAAACACAAGUCAAUUGCAGAGGAGUAUCGCACCGAUGCUGAGUUCAUCUGGCGCUUGGUCUGCGGGACCGAUCCUGAGGAUGCAGACGAGCACCUAGAAGCAUACGAGACAAAGGCCUCCUCCACCAUCAACAACGAGUGCGACGAGGAGGACGAGGACGGAUCGGAAGUCAAUAAGAAAGAGGAAGUCGACGACGCAAAGGCACAGCGCGCCGAAGCACCCUCUGACAACAACAACAACAACACUGACGACAUCGACGGUGGUGAGCAAGUGUCUUCUGACGUACGUGAGACAACACUUGAGGUAGGCACCCAAAAAGCAUAA